AGUCAUCAGUGGACCGUGCCCGAACUCUCGAAACUCUACAAAGCAGAGGCAGAAUUCUUUGCGGUGAAAAGCAAGUCGGAAUGCGUGGAAAACACCCGUGUCCGAAUUCAGGAAUCGAUACUCAAUCAUUUGGAGAAACGGGAACACCGAUUUGUCUGGCUUCGUGGCUCCCUGGGCACUGGAAAGACUGCUAUAUCAAUGAGCGUUGCCUCGGCUCUCAACAAACAGGGACACCUGGCGGCAUCUUUCUUCUGGGACAAAAAUCGAAAGGGAGUAGGACUUGCUUCGAUUGAACACUUUCCCUCUACUCUUGCACGUCAACUUGCCUUGUUUAAUGCCGAGUACGAGGGUCUUCUUGUCAGUAAACUUCGAUGGUCCUCGGCACUGAAGGACCUCCGAGAUUCCACUCUGGAGCAGAUGCGAUUUUUGAUUGUCGAUCUCAUGCACAAACUCCUAUCUUUGCGUGGGGAGCGUCCCGUCAUCGUCUUGGAUGGGCUGGAUGAGUGUGGGGUUCAGGAGGACCUUGAGUCCUUAAUGAAGCUAGUAUUUGUUCUUGACGAGCUGCCAGCCACAUUUGCCGUGUUGGUCAGCUGUUGGCCAGAGUCAUCCAUCGUGUCGGCUUGGGACGGCGCUCGGGCUCAAGGUCUUAUCAUACCAUGUGAAGAUGUGGACAUUGUCGCUGAGGAAGAGAAGUUCCACACUAUCCGCUGCAUGGUGGAGGAAGGCCUUCGGGGUUGUGUCAAUGAGUCUUCCUGGAAGCCGUCGAAAGAGGAUAUCGAUGCGUUUGCCACAGCCUGUCAUGGAUUGCCCAUUAUCACCUCAAUCCGAAUCCGGGGUGUCUCUGCUCGAACACGUCGUGGUGAAACCCUUCAAUCUGAAUUUGAAUACUUAUCGGUGCCCCCACUGACAUCAACUCAGAGUACUUGCGCAUACUUCGCCGUGCCUAUAUGUUUGACCUGCCAGGAGUCCCUCCACAUACAGCUAGGAAGUAUCGCCAAGUUGUUUCCACAAUCAAUGCAGCAUUCGAGCCACCAAGUGUGUUUUUUAUAUCGCAGCUGUCAGGAAUCACCGAGAAAGAGGUCCUGGCCAUAUUGAAACCAAUUCUCUCAAUCGUUGAUCUUUCUUCAAACCGUUCUUCGGACAGUCCUCCAGAAAGUUCGCCAGAGGAAAUGCAGGGCGUCAAAUUCUAUCAUGCAUCAAUGAAAGAGUUUAUAACGGGGGAUCCGAUUGGUAAUGAAAAUGACAAGGUAUUCUUUAUCGGGGAUGCGAAUCAGUAUUUCAUUGGACUGCCACUCCUCCGAUUCUUCAAUAAUAGUUGUGAGCAGGAUGUGUUUGGGGAGCCCACUA